GUUUGGAGUUAACUCCGGGUUGAUAGAAAAAAACAGCGGCAACAUGGUGAUGCUGACAAGAGGUUUCCGGUUGGUGUCAAUGAUAUGAGCAGAAUUGCGAAAAUAACAAAUUAUGGCAGGGAAGCUCAACUGCAAAGUGUCUUUAAAUACUCCCGUCGCAUAGACAAUCCGCAUUGUUGAGGGUAAAAAAAUAUUUUGAACUGUAAGCAGCAAAAAAUGCGCGGAACGGACGGCUGCAGCAGGUCUGCCGUGAUUGUGCUCUGCCUGCUGGGAUGCGAUAUAUGGACGUCGGCCGCUAAAACACUGCAGGAGAACAGCGAUGCCAAAGCAGGUUACAAAAGAACAUAAGGACAGCUGUUCCAUUCUUUGCUUAGUACACUUCUCAUAUGAAUAACAGCAUAGGGACACUAAGAGAGUGCAUCCUCAAAGCACUGUGUGGAUACUUUAAUGAGGACCAUGAAAAGCUCAUUAAGGACUACAAGGACUGCGAUGGCCUGAGUGCCUUAAAAGACAUGAAGCAGAUGGUAAUGGUGAUCUAUGUUGUUCGACAUGAAGAAGAGGAACCAAUGGAUAAGCCUGUGGACAUUGGUGUCGUGAUCGAAGGGGUUGUAGUUCUCAGCUGUUUGAGGAGUGCAGCCGUUGCAGCGCAAUGUUGUUUGGACUAAUUUAUGCCUUGGACCGUAGCUGUGCAAAAUAAGUCAAAUCUGCAUUUAAGGUUUAUAAAAAUGCUAGCAUUGCAGCAUGGUUUAUCAGUUUGGUUGCUAUGAGAUGUCUCUGUUGACAAUCAAGAAGUGGCACUGAAGGUUCACCUGAGUGACGCUAGCACCCAUCAGCCUCUCUCUGGUGUCGCUGUGGAGAUCUUCACUAACCACACCCCUGUUGCAACUGAUACCUCUGGUGCUGAUGGCAACGCCUUCAUCAGGUUCCCUUAUCGCCUUGGUGACCUUCUUGUAGUCACAGCAACCAAGCGUGGAUAUGUACCCAACUCUGUCCCAUGGCGACCAAGCAGGCUACCUGUGUUCUCAUCUCUCAGUCUGGAUCUGCUUCCUGAGAGGGCUGCUAGUCUGAUGGUGUAUGAAGACGUGGUGCAGAUAGUCUCUGGAUAUCAAGGUUCAAAACUACAGCCGUGGGUUCAGUUCCAGAGAAGAGCAUUGAGUCUUCCUUCUAAUGCAACAUACACUAACCUGACCGCCUUCCUCACAGUGAGCAGUUCAACUCAAGACGCACAGUACUUCCCUUACCUGCAGGGCCUUCACUCCAACUACACGGGUAGUGAACGAAAGUUUGAAUUGACUCCUGUUGCCGCCAUCAGUGUCCAUCUUUUGGGCAGUGAUGGGGCGGAGCUUCACGUCAGUGAGCCAAUCAGUGUGAGUGUGCCUCUUCCUGCAAAUAGUGGCUUGAAAGAGAAUGAUCACAUCCCUGCCUGGCGGUUUGAUCCUAAACUCGGAGCCUGGCUAAAGAGCAGUUUGGGUUAUGUUCAGAGAGAAGGAAAGCAGUUAACUCUCACAUAUAUUGCCCCUCAGCUUGGCUAUUGGGUGGCAGCCAUGUCUCCCAUAAACUUGGGUCCUGUGGUGGCGAAGGACAUCAGCACUUAUCAUACAGUCUUCCUGCUGGCCAUACUAGGAGGCAUGGCCCUGAUACUGCUUUUCCUGCUCUGCCUUCUCCUCUACUAUUGCAGGAGGAAAUGCACCCACUUGCGGCCUGCCCACAGGAAGUUCACUUUGUCCUCAACUCUAGAUGGUUCUAAACGAGACCAGGCUACUUCCAUGUCCAACCUUAACCUCAUUAAUGAGACUCACCUGGACCACAACAGAGCGGAGCCGGACAUGCACACACCUAUGCUUAAACCCACACCCUACGACUCACCCACCAAUGAGCUGGCAGCUUCACAUGAUGAGCUCCAUAGUCGAGGAUCCAACCACUAUAAACACUCCGUUGAGAUAUUUCCACUCAAAUCAGCUUGUUCAAACAAUCCCUCUGAUGGCUAUGAUUCUGCCACACAUGGGGAGUACCGGCGCAGCUAUACCUCCAUCAGGACUUCAUCUGUCCAUCCCCUCCACAUGUCUGUCUCGUCCUCAUCCCCCCAUCCUUUGCAUCUUACCACCUCAGCAGGACGUCUCUCUUCAGGAAGUAAAUCGAGCUUUCGUGAUCCACGUCUCUCUCCUGUUACAGCCACAUUGACAAGUCCUGUAGGAUCCCCAGAGAGGGAACAAGUAAUUGAGUGGCGACCGACUGAUUACAUGCUGUCUCGCUCCGUAGACCACCUAGAGCGACCUGCGCCCCUUCCCCGACCCGGAGCCCUGCUCUGCUGCACCUCUGAACUACAGGUCAGCCAAGGGGAAGAAACCUAUCGCAAGGCCCGCCCCACGCUCGUCAUCCCCGCUCACUACAUGCGACUCCCCGGGACACACCCCCUCUCGGGUCAGGCCCUCCUCCUGCAGUCAGAUGAACAGAGCGAACUGGAAAGCAUUCAGGCGGAGCUUAGUGCAUGCCAUCAUCCCCAAGGCCAAGUGCCACACCCAUGGGUUAAAGGCGAGCUAGAAGGAAGGACGCAAGGAGUUGGGGAAGACCAAGGCAGAGGAGGGGACGAAUGGACACUGCAGACGGCAGCUGUUCCCGCAGAUCUUUCCAUCCCCAAUUCCCUCAAUCAGGCAGGCCUGGAUGUUGUGCAGAUGAAUGGUGAAGAUCAGCUUCUGGCCGAAAAGACUUUGAUGGAACUUCGAGGAGGAAAGCCUCUCCCUCAUCCGAGAGCUUGGUUCGUGUCUUUGGACGGCCAUUCCAAUGACCACAUCCGUCAUUCCUACAUCGACCUGCAGAGGGCGGGAUGCAACAAUAGUUGUGUAGGAAGCAACGAUGCCAGUCUGGACUCUGGGGUUGACAUGAGCUAUGUCACGCCAGGACGGCGUGUUCGCGACACUAGCAAAGUUCAAGGACGAAACAGGGUCAGAUCUGAAAAAGGGGCCCAGCCUGCAGUGCCUAUGGUCGAAUACGCACCAUUAGUGUUUGUAGAGGAUACAAAUACAAAUGUAGGUGCUAGCAGUAGCCCCACUCAAGUUGGCAGUCCAGAAGAAAACUCAGAAAGGCCUUUACUGCAGGAAAGAGAGAAGUCGGAGGAAGAAGAAAAGUCUCUGUCAACCCCAUUGCCUCCUUUACUUUCUCCGCAACUUCCUUCACCACCUCUUCUCCCUGAGUCUGUGGAUGAGACACCAGAGGAGACCGUAACAGAAAGCGAGGUUUUUAGGACUGAGGACACUCAAAUGCACACAAGCAAUAGCCCACCAGACAACCUGGUCGUCCCUGAUGACAGCGGAGAAGACGAUAACAAGAAGAGCCCUUGGCAGAAACGAGAGGAGCGACCACUACUGGCCUUUAACGUAAAAUGACACAUAAUUUAAAGGAAUGUUCUGAGUUCAAUACAAGUUAAGCACAAUCAACCGUAUUCGUGGCAUAAUGUUGAUUACCACAAAAAAUUAUUCAUGUCUCGUUUCAGUAAGGCGCUCGCAGUGGUGUUAACAUGAUUUAAGGGCAAUCAUUUUUCUAAUAAAUUAGUAAAUUAAUAAAAAAACAUUUUUUUUUUUUGUGGCAAUCAAUAUAAUGCCACAAAUACUUUCAAAUGAUUUUCACUUGUAUUGAACCCAGAACAAUCCUUUAAGUAUUUCCCCUGUCGUCCCAAGCUGGACUGUUGAAUGGAGUUGCCUGUGGCAAUGAAAGCCAAGCAAACCAUAGCACAAAUUAAUAUUGGAACAGUUCUGCCUCACAUAUGUGAGGUGAGAGAACAAACUGAGUUUCCAAAGCAAAAAACACCAUUAAAUGCCAACACUUUGAUGCACAACUGCUAUGGCUUUCCUAUGAACACACUUUGAGCAAAAGAUGUUCCAUGAAUCAUUGCAAGCCAUUGAAUUGAAGGUGAAAUGUAAUUUAAGCUUAAUGAGAUGCUGCUGUUUUUGAGCAAUAUGACAUCUAGUGGCAACAUGUGUACACUGCAAAAUGUCACCACUAAGUGCUUCCCAGCACUUAUUUGAACAUUUAUGGGAUGACCGGCAGAAUGUCUUCCAUGUCUUAAUAGGUUGUAAAACAUGAUAUAAAAACACCAUAAUGGAAUAAUUUUGCUUCACAAUCUAAAUCUCCGUUUCCUUAUUUGUGGUUCUGUUGUUAGUGGAACACAUCUUAAGCUUUAAAGACCAAAUAAGUGUACAUAAUGCACCAUUUGUUUCUGUUAAUCUGUUAUUUUGGAUGUGUUGAGCACAUAUUCACAAAUGUACUUUUCCUCAAACUCUUAAGACUCAGUGACAUUGAAUUGAAGCCAUCAGUGCUGGGGGGCUAUAGAGAAGUAGACCCGCCUUGAAAACAACUCCUAUGCAUUGCUUUUAACUGAAGGAUCAUGAAGCUUUAGAUGCCUCUUUUCUUUUUUUUUUUUAACCACUGUAUUGUAAUUUCAGUUAUUUUUGUGAAUAUUUUAUUCAAGUUGUUUUAUAAUUGUUAUUUUUGUUUGGUCUUGCCUUAGUGUGAGUGAGGUGGGCUGCACUUUCAAAUGAGGGCUUGAUGCACACAUGCAAACACAAACUCACUCACAUGAUUAGCCACCAGCUUUUUGUUCCCAAACUGAAAUUUCUGUCUUAAGUGCCUUUUCUAGCAACCCUAAUUAUCCACUUAUAUUAACCACUUUAUCAGUUUGUGUCAUAUAAUUUGACAUUGUUUGCAAUUCAUUGACUCCAUUGACAUUACACAGUUGCAUUACACAUCCCUAUUCCUGCUGAUCUCUUUGUGUCCCAGUGAGUUUUAAUGUUGUGUCUUGGUAUACGUUUUUAGGUUCUGUCUAAUGAUUGAUGUCUGGAGAUUUUUCCCCAUGUGUUAUGUAUGUACAUAUUCAUUCAACCAGUAGUUUAUGCCCAUGCGAUUGUGUGUUGCUAUGUGUAUCUUUGUGUCUUCUGCAGACAUGCUAUGCAGUGUGUGUAUCUGGUUACGUAGGAUUGAAAGUGUUGUCAUUUUGGUUUGUUGCCAGGGUAACCACUUGGUAAGAAUACUUGCGUCACUCUCAGCUAUUCAGAAAUCUACUUGGAAUGUCUGGACUGGUUACUUGUAUAAUAAUUCAGGCCUAUUAUCCCAAUAAAGCCAAAAACCUAGUCAACACUAUUUGAGCAUAAUUUACCUACUGCUGAUGGAAUGAGCUUUAAGAUCAAAUCAUAAACACAAGAACCAUCAAUGUCACUAUGUCGAAUUAAAGUGACUUAACCAUGAAAGGUUUCUGACUGACUGCACAGAAUUAAUGGAAUGAUGGGCUCUAAGGUGAUGUUAAAUGUAUGAGAAAUGCAACUUUUUGAAACUUGACAGCCAGUGUAACCUGGAGAAAUCACACUUCAGUA